UGUGAUUGUGACUGUCUGAGACGCAUAUACAUGCAGAACGAGCAGCGAGAGAGCGAGUGAAAGGGAGAAAUAGCGCGCAUUUAGGGUCUUGGUCUUCCCCGAUACGAUAUCCCAAGGUGAGUGAACGAGUGAGGAACCCACUGAUUUCAUCUCAUUUUAUUUUCUUCUCCGAGUUGCAACUACGCAGUUGAAUUCGAAGCUCUCUCUAAACCCGAAAUUUCAUCUCGUAAAUGACGAUAACGACGACGAAAAUUGUGUGUGAGAUAGAAGUGUUUUUGUCAUUUGCAGGGAGCGAGUGUGAGAAAUUUAGAGAGAGAGGGUUGAGAGAUUCACGAAGAAGAGUUCGAGAGAUUUUUUUUCCUAUUUAUUUUUCAUGUUUUAGGGUUUUCACUCUCUCUGUAGCUUUAGAUUGCGUUUCUUUGAGCCCAAUUGAAUUUUUUCAUGGAGCAGCGAAAGCUUAUGGUUAGUUAUGCAUGUUGAAUUGAAAAUCCUGUUCUUGAAAAUCUUGCUUCGAAAAAAUUACGAAUUUACCUUUUUGUGCUCAUGAGAAUUGUAUCUUAGGUUACGGGUAUCCCGUGGGACGUUGAUAAUGAGGGCUUGAAAGAAUAUAUGAGCAAAUUUGGUGACCUAGAAGAUUGUUAUGUUAUAAAGCUCCAUUAUUCAAGGGUUUUGGAGAGAAAAUGCAACAUGCUUGCAUCAACAGAGAAAAUGCAACAUGCUUACGUUAUUCCUGUGGAAUUUAAAAUGAGCGGUCAACUGGCCGGUCUCGCGGUUUUGGAUAUGUAACAUUUACAUCAUUGGAUGAUGCUAAGAAAGUGCUAUCCAGUGAACACAUUCUUGGCAAUAGGAUGCUGGAAGUCAAAGUGGCCACACCAAAGGAUGAAAUGAGGGCACCAGUCAAAAAGGUUUCCAGAAUCUUUGUGGCAAGGAUUGCCCCAUCAGUAACAGAAGCAGUUUUUAGGAGUCAUUUUGAGAAAUACGGUGAUAUAAUAGAUUUGUUUAUGCCAAAGGGUCGAGGAUCUAAACCACAUCGAGGAAUUGGUUUUAUCACUUUUGCAAGUGCAGAUUCUGUAGAGAGCUUGAUGAAAGAAAUCCAUGAACUGGGAGGAUCUGAUUUGGUGGUUGAUCGAGCAACACCUAAGGAAGAUGAUUUCAAGCCAAUUGGCAGAACCAGAACGUCACAAGGAGGAUAUGGUGCAUAUAAUAAUGCUUAUAUUUCUGCACCAACUAGAUAUGAAGCACUUGGUGCUCCGACUAUGUAUGACCAUCCCAGUUCAAUUUAUGGAAGGGGAGAGCCUGUUCGUGGAAUGAGCAAAAAGAUUUUUGUUGGCCAUCUUCCCCCGGAGGCAACCACAGAGGAUCUUCGCCUGUAUUUUGGAAGAUUUGGCCAUAUUUUAGAUGUUUAUAUUCCUAGGGAUGUCAAUAAAUCUGGUCAUAGAGGCUUUGGUUUUGUGACUUUUGCGGACUAUGGUGUUGCAGAUCAUGUCUCUCAAAGAUCUCAUGAAAUUUGUGGACAUCAGGUUGCUAUAGAUUCAGCCGCACCUCUUGAUUAUGCAGGGCCUAGUGGCAAUACUAUGGUGACUAGUAUGGAUUCUUUCAGGGCAUAUGGCGCUCCUGCGAGGCCAUAUUUUGAUCAAAGUCCUGCGAGGCCAUAUUUUGAUCAAAGUUCUGCAAGGCCUUAUUUUGAUCGAAGUUCUAUAAGGCCUUAUUUUGAUCGAAGUUCUAUAAGGCCUUAUUUUGAUCGAAGUUCUGUAAGGCCUUAUGUUGAUCAAAGUCCCGUGAGGCCUUAUGGGAGGAUGUACGAUAACUUGGAUCUCGAUAAUUGGGGUUAUGGAGUUGCUAGUAGAAGACCAUCAAGAGCAGAUUGGAGGUAUAGACCAUACUAGGAUAGCAUGUUGCCACAUAAGCUUUCCAAUUUUCCAAAUGCUACUAUGGGUCUCAGGAAUUGAUGUGAAGGUCUUUAUCAAGAUGGUUUUAAAGUAUCAUCAACACUUAGAGUUGGAUUUUACAUGAUGCACUAAUUCAGAUUAAUUCUUUUUUGCCCACUGAACUUUAAUCUUGUAUUCACUUGUAAUAGUCAAUAUGAUUAAAUUAUAAAUUUUGAAAGGCAUGUUUUUGUUAUAAGAA